AGCCAAACCGUGAAUUCCAUUCCGUUAACGCAAGCAAUUCCUUCUCAUUGACUCGGUCCUGCGCCUGAAGAUCGAUUCCGUUCUACAAUGCUUCGGCUUCUCUCAGUGCUAUCCGUCUUAGGCUGCGCACUGAUCGUCGGACGGGUCAACUCGCACCAGGAAUCGGGCGAGUGGAACUGCGACUCCGACUCGGAGAUCCGAGUGCAGGCUGAGUUCAAACCUGGACUCGUCACCAUCGAUGGGCGCCCCGAUGACUGGAAGGACAUUGAAGGAUUCGAGUUCUCUCUCCUCCCCGCUCUGGAUCCUGACGAGGAUAAGGAGUACAAAGGAGGUAAAAUGAAUGUUAAGGCUUUACAUGACGGCAAGGAUGUACGCUUCUUGUUGCAAGUUGAUGGGGACUAUGCGUACUCGAAAGGUGACAAUAGCAAAUGCCCAUCUGUUGCUCUCAUGUUUCAAAUUGGGGGUGAUGCAACUUAUCAUAAUAUGGGUGGCUGUAAGGAAGGUACCGACUCUUGCACCCAGAAGAGUUGCAAAGGCCAUGAAGUUGACAUUAUGCACUUUUCAAUUGGAAAUGCUAUACCAGGACGCAUCUAUGGUGGCAAUCCAAUAGACAACAAAGAAGGAAAUGGAGGUGACAGGUUUGGUCAUUUGGUUGAUCUUUACUCCUGGAACCCGCAUUGCAGAUACCUGGAUGGAGUUGGUCCUUCUGGUAAUGAUACAAGUGCACAAAAUAACUGGGAAGGGGCUUGGUGGCACAGUAGUUUCACGGUUCCUUCAGGUUUUGUAGAGGAAGAUAGUCCAUAUUCAUCAUCUGGACAUAAGGGGACAUACUAUUUUGAAUUCUCAAGGCCUUUGAGAACCAUGGAUCGCCUACAACAGGAUGCUCAGUUUACAAUUGGUGGAACUGGCAAGAUGUCUGUUGCAUUCUGGUAUCCAGUCGAUGGGAGUCCAUGGCAUGGAUCUGGACAUUAUUCUGUUAACUGCGACUGGGUGCCGUUGGAUAUUAGUUCAGGAAGUUCCAUGCUGACCCAGUCGGCCGAAGGCAGCUCAACGGACGUUGGCAGUGCUUUUGCCCUUCUACUGUCAGUAGUCUCCUUGUGCCUUUCUGUUUACACAGGAUAUCGAGUCAUGCGACCCAAGAGUGUCCCAUUUACGCCCAUGGAAAAUCUUUAAGGUAGCAUGUAAGGAUUUUGAUUGUACUAUUCAUUGGGUUUGUACUUCUUAGGUUUGUACUACAAUCACUUUAGUUCGUUCCAAAUUCUUUAAAUGAAAUCUAUAAUGUAUUGUCACCUUUUAAAUGACUUUUUUGAGUGUCUGUAUCUUUGUUUGGCAAGGACCAAUGGUGCCCUAUCGACAUACGACCUGUUAUUUGGCUUGUGA